AUGUAUCGAAAGAAGAAAACUGAUGUAGUAUCUACUACAAAUGAUAUCAGCACAAACGAAAUGCAUGAUGAUAAACUUCUGCAUGAUCUUAAUCCUGAACAAAAGCGUGCUGUCAUUUGUUCAACAAAUCAAUCAACACUUGUGCUUAGCGGAGCUGGUAGUGGAAAAACUCGUGUAUUAACAUCGCGAAUUGUUUAUCUAUUAAAGCAUUUUAAUGUAAAACCGUAUCAAAUAUUUGCUGUUACAUUUACCAAUAAAGCUGCACUGGAAAUGCGUCAUCGUAUCAGUCAAAUGUUACCCGGUGUACAAUUGAAUGAUAUGUGGCUUGGAACAUUUCAUGGACUUGCUAAUCGAUUUUUACGUAUUCAUCAUAAGAUGGCUGACCUUACGAGUGAUUUUUUAAUUAUUGAUACAGAUGAUCAAUUAUCAAUUGUUAAAAGAAUGAUUAAAGAUGAGAUGAGCGCAAAUAAUUUCUAUACCGAUAAACCAAAAGCUAUUGUUAAUUAUAUCAAUAAAUGUAAAGAUGAAGGUAAACGUUCAACGGAUAUAAUAUCAAAUAAGGAAAAUAAGUUUAAACAAAUAAUUUAUACAAAAUAUGAAAAAUAUCUUCGUGAAGAAAAUAAAGUUGAUUUUGCUGAAUUGAUUCUUUUAACAAAAGAAUUAAUGGAAAAAGAAAUCGAUCUACGUAUACAUUAUGCAAAAAAAUUUCAAUUUGUACUUGUUGAUGAAUUUCAAGAUACAUCAACAUUACAAAUGGAUUGGUUGAAAUUAAUGAUGGAUCGAGAUGAUGAAAACAAAAUCGUUCGAAAUUGCUUUAUGGCUGUCGGUGAUGAUGAUCAAAGUAUUUAUGCUUUUCGUGGUGCUCAAUGUAUUAAUAAUAUAGAUGAAUAUUUAAAAGUUCUUUAUUUGGAAAGAGAAAACACAGACCAUAUUAUUAAACUGGAGCAAAAUUAUCGAAGUACAAAUAUUGUUUUAGAAGCAGCAAAUGCAGUUAUUGAUCAUAAUCACUCACGUCUAGGUAAAAAUCUUUGGACCGAUAUAAAAAAUGGUGAAAAAAUUGCAUUAUUUCAAGCAAGUGAUGCAACUGAUGAAGCUGAACAUAUUGUCAAAACAAUUCAUGAUUUUAAUCAUCGCCAUCCCAAUAUUCCUCUAUCUCAAAUUGCAAUUCUCUACCGUACAAACGCUCAAUCACGUGAAUUCGAACAGGCAUUACUGAAUGGUGGCAUCAAAUAUCGUAUUUAUGGUGGCAUAAAGUUUUAUCAACGAUCUGAAAUAAAAAGUGCAUUAUCAUAUCUUCGCUUAAUUCAAAAUGAAAAUGAUAAUGAUGCUUUUCGUCGUAUAAUUAACUUUCCAGCUCGUGCGAUCGGUAAAGCAACUUUGGAAAAAAUUGAAAGUGGUGCAAAUGAAAAACGAUGUUCAUUAUUUUCAUAUAUUCAAUGUGAUCCAGUUUUAUCUAAACAAAAAAAGAUUCUUGACUUUAUUAAACUAAUAAAUGAAUGCAAACAGAGAAUAUUAGAAAAGGAUGUUCCAAUGGAAUUAUAUGAACAAGCUCUAUAUAUUUUUGAGCAAUCAGGUUUAAUGGAAGCAUAUAAAAAAAAACAAGAAGUUGAACGUUUACAAAAUUUAAGUGAAUUAUGUAAUGCUAUGAAGCAGUUUUCACAAUUAUAUAAUACAAAUGAUCUUACUCAAUAUCUUAGUACUAUUGCACUCGAUACAACAAACACACAAGAUGGCAAAUUAGAUACAACAGAUGAAAUAGAACGAAUACAAAUGAUGACGGUACAUGGUGCAAAAGGAUUAGAAUUUCAUUAUGUAUUUAUUGCUGGCCUUGUUCAAAAUCUUUUUCCAUCAAAUUUUUUCGGAAAUUGUGAUAUUGAAGAAGAACGUCGUCUAAUGUAUGUAGCAAUAACCCGGGCAAAACGAUAUCUUCAUAUAUCCUACUCUGAAACCCGCUCAAAUUAUGGCCAACAAGAAACAUGCCAACGAUCACAAUUUAUAUCGGAAAUUCCCAAGGGCCUUUUAUUUGAGAACAAUGAAAAUAAUAGAAUAUAUGAACCACCAAAAAAGAAAAUGAAUUUUAUUAAGCACAUGGCAAUGCCAGUACAAACUGGAUUUAUUACUGGAAAGAAUUUGAUGAAUGUUGUUCAAUUGAAGGAGAAAUAA